GUUCACUAGAUCUCGGCUUUGCGUCAGCUGCGUGUGAGGCCGUCUUUGCAAUUAAAGCUCAACUGAAAGCACAAUGAACGUCUUGAGUAUCAGUCUGACUGUUUGCUUGAUCCUGUGCGCUGCAGCCACUGAGGGCGGCAUCCUAGCCGGCCAUCCAGAUGAACUCAUCUCUAGCCCAGCUCAAUACGAGUUUCAUUAUUCCGUGCACGACAGCCAUACGGGCGAUGUGAAGGAUCAGUUCGAGCAUCGACGUGGAGAAUACGUUACGGGUCGUUACUCGCUGAUCGAACCCGAUGGACACCGUCGCAUCGUCGACUACAGCUCGGAUCCAUUGCUGGGCUUCAAUGCGCAAGUGCGACGCGAACCCAUCUCCAUUAUCAGACGUCAUUAGAGCAACAAAAAAUGUAGAUAUCAAUCAUAAUGCCAGAUUUGCAUACUACUAUUA